AUAUUAAUCAUUGCUUUACUACCUUAUUCUAACACUCAAAUUAUCAUUCCUACUACAACUGGUUUAGUUAGUGGUAAAAUAGUGAACACGAAUGGCGUUGAUCAGUUCGCCUAUCUCGGCAUUCCUUACGCUCAACCGCCUGUCGAUCAACUACGAUUUAAGCCACCAGUACCAAUAGAUCAAUGGUCUGGCAUUUUAAACGCUACAGGUUAUAAAAAUAGCUGCCCUCAACAAACACCCAUAUCUCUUUUAGAUCCAAAUUCAACUGAAAUGCAAAUCAGUGAAGAUUGUCUUUACCUCAACAUUUUCACACCUAAUCCUAGUAGUGCCGGAAAUAGGUCAGUACUCAUAUGGAUACAUGGCGGUGGAUUCAGUUAUGGAACCGGCUCAUGGUGGCAAGGGCAAAUGUUGUCUGCCAACGAAGAUAUCGUCGUGGUUACAAUGAAUUACCGACUUGGAAUCUUUGGUUUUAUGACAUCAGGUGAAAAGGAUGUAAAUCAAAGAUCUAUUCCAGCAAAUCUAGGUUUACAAGAUCAAAAUUCAGCCUUAAAAUGGAUUAACGAUAAUAUCGAAAAUUUCGGAGGCAACAAAGAUCAAAUUACAAUAGCAGGCAACUCAGCUGGAGCUGUUGCUGUUGCCAAUCACCUAGUUAUGCCAUCUAGUAAUGGAUUGUUUAGGCGUGCUAUCAUACAAAGCGCAGUUUUCAGAGAUUCACCAUCCUAUUAUAAAGCUAAAUUGACAUCUGAGUUUACACUUUCCGAUGCAAACAAAUUCUUUGCACAAUAUAGUAUGGCAGCCAAAUGUUAUAAAAACACAACAAUAGAGACUGUAAAUUGUUUAAAAGCUUUAUCAAUCCAACAAUUAUUACAAAUUCAAAUGAGGUUUUCUGGAAGUAAUCCAUAUUUCCCCGUUGUUGAUGGUGACAUAAUACCAGAAUCAACUUAUAAAGCUUUUGCUUCAGGAAAGUUUGAAAAGGCCGACAUUAUGAUAGGCACAAUGCUAAAUGAUGGCUAUUUUUUCUUAUUAUUUCUGCCUAAUAUUUCACAUGGGAUCUCACGAAAUCAGUUCAAAAACUACAUUAAUACUAAUUUUCCAGCAGCAAGUGAACGUAUAAAACUAUCUAUCCAAUAUCAAUAUACCGACUGGGCUAAUAUUAGCUCUCCAGUCGUAAAUAGAGAUCGAUAUGGCGAUAUGUAUAAUGACUAUUUCUUUAGCGUGCCCAGUGAAAAUUAUGCAGAAGUAUUUUCUCGAUAUGUACCAACCUAUCUCUAUAUAUUUGCUCAUCGAACUGCAGGAACUUCGAUGCCAGCAUUUGUUAAGGCAGUACACACUUUAGAGAUCUCCUAUGUUUUCGGCUAUCCAUUAGAUCCACCCGCAAAUUUUCCAGAAAAAUUUGAUGAUACUGAUCGACAAGUAUGCCGACAGGUUAUGUCAUACUGGGGCAACUUCAUUCGUCAAGGGAAUCCGUCAGAUUCAACCUCUGCACUCGCCUGGCCAAGAUAUGAACAAACAAGCAAAGACUACAUGUGGAUUGCACCUAAAUUAGCAAUUAAAAAAAAUUACUACAGUAAGCAAGUUGCAUUUUGGAAUCAAUAUCUUCCGCAACUGGCUACACUCACA